CGUUCUUUGUUGAAGCUGGUCGGCGGUGGGAUUGGGAUCGGGAGGGGGUUCCCACCCUCGCCCCUUGGGGCGGGGAGCCAGGGACAAUUUCCUUUCGAACAGCAAAAUCUGACCACAACUGUCCUCAACAUGGCUGAACGGACGGGUAGUGGAGGAGUUCCAGUGAUGUCAACAUCAAGAGAGGUCACGAGUCCGAACUCAGUGAUCACCGAGCUCCUGGCAAGCUGUGACGAUUCCCAGCUGCUGCAGCUGACGGACUCCUACCGGGACAGGCUGGAGCAGGCGAUGGAAGGAGGGGUGUCCGGAGUGAGCCUGGUGUUAACGGCCGAGAAUCAGUUCAGCGGAGAGGAACAUCGGAAAAUCUCUGAUCUCGCUGAUAAGGGAGAGCGGGCGGACAGUUCUAAACUCCUCCUGAGCCUGGUGAUGGAGAAAGGCUCCCGCGCCCGGAGGGUGAUGUGGGAAACCUUUGUCAAAAUGCGGAUUGGUGUCACAAAGUUGGACAAAAUACUGAAAGAAGUACAGGAACAUGGUUGUGUUCUGGUCCAUCGACCCAUACCGGAGAUUCCCAGUGAGCUGAAAGACCAUCAAAAUCUGACCACAACUGUCCUCAAAAUGGCUCAAGGAGUGGGCAGGAGAGAAGUUUCAGCGAUGUCAAGAUCAGGAAAGGACAUGGGUCCGAGCUCAGAGAUCACUGAGCUCCUGGCAAGCUGGAAUGAUUCCCAGCUGCUGCAGCUGACGGACUUCUAUCGGGACAGGCUGGAGCAGGCGAUGGAAGGAGGGGUGCAUGGAGUGAGCCUGGCGUUAACGGCCGAGAAUCAGUUCAGCGGAGAGGAACAUCGGAAAAUCUCUGAUCUCGCUGAUAAGGGAGAGCGGGCGGACAGUUCUAAACUCCUCCUGAGCCUGGUGAUGGAGAAAGGCUCCCGCGCCCGGAGGGUGAUGUGGGAAACAUUUGUCAAAAUGCGGAUUGGUGUCCCAAAGUUUGACAAAAUACUGAAGGAAAUACAGAUGUAUGCAGGUUCUGAUCCAUCCCAUCGAUCAAAUCCCACUCAAGGUUUACUCAAGAUUCUCAGUGAAUUGAAAGAUGCUCAACAGAAACACAAGGAGACUCUAUGGGCACAAACUGAAAAACUGAGAGCGAAUACGAUCCUGAUGACGGAGAAGGUGAAGGUUUUCCAGCUGGUUGAUCGAUACGCUGAGCUCACGGUCAUUUCUACUGUUCGAGAUCGGAGACUGGUGGAACAUGAGCUGCUGGCAAGAGGCAGAGACCACGAGGAGUGGAGAGAGAAACAUCUCCGCAGAAAGCUGGAAAAAAUCCGGACUGAUCAGUUGUUCCAGAGCAGCUUUUCCCGGAGUAAAUCCAAAUCUGGGAGUUCAGCAGCAGUGGCUGGAGUCCCGGGGAUCGGGAAAACAACAAUGGUACAAAAGAUUGUUUAUGAUUGGGCCAUGGGGAAAAUAUACCAACAAUUCCAGUUUGUCUUCAGUUUCAAAUUCCGGGAUUUAAACUCUAUUAACUGCAGAAAAAACCUGAGGCAACUAAUUCAGGAUCAAUAUCCUUACUUUGGGAAUAUCCUGAGAGAUGUUUGGAAGAAUCCAGAGGGAUUGCUGUUUAUAUUUGAUGGUCUGGAUGAAUUCGAGCACAGAAUUGAUUUUGCUGACAGUCAAAGAGAUACAGAAUCCAAGCACCAAUGCCCAGAUCCCGAGUGGUGGUGUGAAGUGUCUGACAUUUUGUACAGUUUAAUCCAGGGCAAGCUGCUCCCAGGGUGUUCAGUGCUGGUGACCACCCGUCCCACUGCGUUACAUUUAUUGGAUAAAGCCAAGAUCAGCGUCUGGGCUGAAAUCCUGGGAUUUGUUGGUGAGGAACGGAAGGAAUAUUUCAUCAGGUAUUUUGAAGAUCAGACGGUGGCAGAAGCUGUUUUCAAACACGUGAAGGAGAAUGAGAUCCUGUACACCAUGAGCUACAACCCCUCCUACUGCUGGAUCCUCGCUCUGGCACUGGGGCCCUUCUUCACACAAAGAGUCCGGGACCCGCAGCGAGUUCCCAAGACGAUCACCCAACUGUACUCGUACUAUAUUUACAACAUCCUGAAGAACCACAGCCGUGAGAUUGAGAAACCCCGUGAUGUGUUACUCAGGGUUGGUCAGAUGGCCUUCAGAGGAGUGUCCGAGAGGAAGAUCAUAUUUACAUAUGGAGAUUUGAUCAGUUACAAUCUGCAGCCUUCCCAGUUCCUGUCCGGGUUCCUGAUGGAGCUUUUGGAGAGAGAGGAUUCUGCCCAGAGCGUGGUGUACACAUUCCCACACCUCACCAUCCAAGAGUUUGUAGCUGCAGUCGCACAAUUCCUGACCCUACAUCCCAAGGAUAUCCUGAAAUUCCUCACUGAAACCCACAACAUGACAGAUGGGCGGUUUGAGGUAUUCCUCCGUUUUGUGGCUGGUCUCUCCUCCCCAAUGACAGCUCGGGGCCUGGAGGUGUUUCUGGGUCCCUUUCCUCAUCAAACAACCUGCCGGGUGAUUGACUGGGUGAAGGAGGAGGUUAAACGCCAGAGUGGAAACACGAGGAUUGCAUCUCGUAAAAGGAGCCUCCUGAACACACUGCACUACCUGUUUGAGUCUCAGAAUCGUGGACUGGCUCAGGCCGCACUGGGAUCUGUGAACAAACUCUCAUUCAGUGGAAUGGCACUGACCCCGAUUGACUGCGCGGUCCUGUCUCAUGUCAUCGGACUCUGUGAUACAAUAAAACACCUCGACCUGCAGGGCUGUCACAUUCAGUGUGAAGGAAUCCAGCGGCUGGGACCCGGGCUGCACAAGUGCCAGGAGUUGAGCCUUGGGGGAAAUGAACUGGGAGAUUCAGGAGUGAAACUGGUGUCUGCGGCUCUGAGGAACCCGGAGUGUAAAAUACAGAAACUGUGGCUCUGGGAUGUCGGUCUCACAUAUUCUGGUGCUGAGGAUCUCGCCUCCGCACUCAGAACAAACCCAUCACUGACGGAGCUGGGCCUGGGUUAUAAUGAACUGGGAGAUUCAGGAAUAAAGCUGGUGUCUGUGGCUCUGACAAACCCCAAGUGUGGAAUAGAGAAACUGGGGCUGAGGGAUAUCGGUCUCACAGAUUCUGGUGCCGAGGAUCUUGCCUCUGCUCUCAGUACAAACAUAUCACUGACGGAGCUGGAGCUGGGAUUCAACUCGCUCACGGACCGAUCUGUCCCCGCUCUCCGCCACCUCAUAUUGGCCCUCCCGAGUCUGAAGCUGAUCGACUUGUGGAGGAAUCAGUUCAGUCAGACUGGUGGGAAGGAACUGAGAUCUCUGCAGGAACCCAGACCCGGACUGACAGUUGAUCUGUGAACAUCUGAAUGGUGAACUAGCUCCAGUCUCACACUCUGUGACGUCCAAAGCGAUCCAGUAGUGACGCAAUUCCGCAUCCUAUCCAGCUGCACGUGUCCGGAUUCAACAGCUGCUCCAAAUGGCGUGCCGGGGAAUUACACAGAGAGGAAGAGCCCAGGGGGCCGGGUUAGAUCUGGGAAACCAGUGUCCCUGGGAGAGAAUCCUUUUACUCACUUUGAGCUGAGAACAUCCUGGCCAAUAUAAUGAUGUUAAAUAGACAAAUCCCUCGGCAAUGACCCUGGAUCUGCAGCAAUCUCGGACAGGGCCCUGAAGUGUGAUUUUAUAAUCAUCGGUUCCCCGAUGCAGAGUGAAGGUGAGAAACGGGACUGAUUAUUCAAACUGUCACGCGUUGUCGCCGGUCAGUUAAUUGUGUGUGACUGUGAGCGAGUCGGGAGCAGCUUAUUUAUUCCCACACGUCAGCAGCUCACACAUUGUUUAAUGUAGCUUUGAACGUUUGUCAAGAUGAAGUCAAUAAAAUCACUGACGUACAAAAAAGCUGGAGAAACUCAGCAGGUCGGGCAGUAUCCGUUGAAAGGAGCAGUCAACGUUUCGAGCCGAAACCCUCCGUCAGUACUAAAGAAGGAGAGGUC